CCCACUAAUUUUAUCCCCCAGCGCGGCUUUGAAGCUCUGUAGAAAAAAGCUACCGCGCUUUCUUCCGAUCCGUGCAAUUUUCUAAAGUACCUCGAUUUAAUAUAGCCAUCGACCGAAGACCGAUACCUAUAGUAACAUUAAGUUGAGCUUCCGAAUAAUUGUUGCCCAUCAUGAUGCACCCGUCGCGGCAAGCGUAUGUGGAGGAGGCGGAAGAGGAUCAUGGCAUGUCUUUAGAUGAGGUCCCUCUGGACCGAGACUAUGACAUGCCUUCAGCAUCAGCCGGCAUUGCGCCAGAGAAGGCGUCGGCUAUACUCUCACAAUUUGAGCGAAAGAGGCGAGCGGCGACAAUGGCGGUGCCUACCGACGAUGGCCGAGUACGUGCUAGACUACGAGAACUUGGUGAACCCAUCACUCUAUUCGGCGAAGGACCCGCGGAUCGACGAGAUCGAUUAAGAGAACUCUUGACUUUACAAUCCGAACAAACACCUGCGGAAUCGGCCGAUAUAGAUAUGGAAGAUGCGCCGGAGGAGGAUCAGGAAGAUCAAGAAGAGGAAUUCUACACAAACGGGAGCGACGAGUUACUACACGCGCGUCAGGAUAUAGCACGAUUUUCUCUACCUCGAGCGAAGCGACGAUUAGCCUUCCAAAAGCAAGAAGCAUCGAUACCUCUACGAACCCACGUCAAAUUCCGCAAGCAGAUCAAGGAGCGCUUACAAGCAUUUGAGCUCCAGGGCAGUCAGACAGCGGGAGACAGAAAUAUCAGUAUGACGAGAAUAUCGCCUAACGGUGAACUUGUUGCUGCAGGAAAUUGGGGAGGCUCUAUUAAGCUGAUUGGAAUACCGAAUCUGGAAGAGAAGAUGACAUUACGAGGACAUACAAACAGAGUCAGCGGCAUAUCGUGGUAUCCUGGCGCAACCUUACCGGAGGCCAAUGUAUCUCCGGAAACAGUCAACCUAGCCUCGGGUGGUGCCGAAGGCCAGGUAAAUCUAUGGUCUCUCAACAAGGACACCCCGCUCUCAACAUUGGAGGGUCACGGCCAGCGAGUAUGCCGAGUUGAAUUCCAUCCCUCUGGACGAUACCUUGCCUCAGCUUCGGAAGAUACUACAUGGCGUCUAUGGGAUGUUGAAUCGACGACUGAGUUACUACUACAAGAAGGUCAUUCACGAGGUGUCUUCGCUAUUAGCUUCAAUACCGAUGGAUCGCUGCUGGCUAGUGCAGGCCUGGACAGUGUAGGCAGAAUAUGGGACUUGAGAUCAGGGAGGACAGUUAUGAUUCUUGACGGUCACGGAGAUGGGCAUAUCAAGCCAAUCCAUGGUAUUGAUUGGGGCUCAGAUGGAUAUCGGGUUCUAACAGGCUCAGCUGAUGGUUGGAUCAAGUGUUGGGACGUGAGGAAGGUCCAGAGAACAGGUGGUAUUGGUGCCCACACCAGCGCUGUUUCGGAUCUCAGGUGGUAUAAGGGAUUGGAUGACCCAGUCAUCGGUACUCCCCCAGGUCUGGAUGAAAAGGAGAAUCAGAUCCCUAAGAAGUCAAGCACGUUCUUCGUGUCAAGUGGAUUUGAUCGUAAAGUCAACGUCUUUUCCGCUGACGAUUGGACGCUCAUACAAACGCUGGAGGGACACACAGGUCCAGUGGCAAGUGUGGAUAUUAGUAGGGAUGCGAAGUGGAUUGUCAGUGGUGGUCAUGACAGGACUGUCAAGUUAUGGGGAAGGAAUGAUGGCGAAGGAGUUUAAUACGAAUGAAAUGAGGCUUGUAGUAUUGUACAAGGCCACAAUCAGUAAAUAUAGAAGAUACCCAAUAGAGAUCAUACUCUUGCUUCGUUGAAAUUAAACAAAGAUACUAUGGCAGGGAAGAUAACUUAUCAGAGCGUACUCCUAGGUAUGCUAUUUAUAGGC